AUGCGUGCAAUCAGCUCGAUUAUAUUCGUUGCAUCAUGUGUGAGAUCUGUGUCAGUGGCCUCUCCAGACCCGAAUCUCUUCACAUACGGCAACACCGGCACACUCCUGGGUACAUCAUUUGGCAUUCCCGCCAAUGCGACCUUUGACUACGUAGUAGUCGGAGCAGGAAAUGCAGGUCUCACAAUUGCAACUCGACUUGCAGCAAACCAGACUGUGAGCGUUGCAGUCAUCGAAGCGGGCGGCUUUUACGAAUCCGACAAUGGCAAUUACUCAAUCGUGCCUGGAUACGCAAGCUACUACACAGGCUCUGACCCCGCGGACUUCCAGCCUCUUGUUGACUGGGGAUUCAGCACAGUGCCCCAGACUGCAUUGGGGGGUAGGGUUUUGCAUUAUGCCCGAGGCAAAACUUUGGGCGGUUCCUCGGCCAGGAACUACAUGCUUUACCAACGGCCUACGGUCGACAGUAUGCAGCGCUGGGCAGAUGAAGUAGAUGAUCAAAGCUACACCUUUGAUCGCAUAUUGCCUUUCUACAAGAAAUCGGUGCAUUAUACCCCUCCCGAUCAGACACUAUAUACCAACUCCUCGAAUACCGAAUCUGAAGAUGUGUUCAGCCCAAAUGGUGGGCCACUGGAAGUCUCGUUCGGCAAUAUGGUGCACGCAUUCGGAUCUUGGUGCCAGAAGGCAUUCACUGCACUUGGUAUGAGUCAGAUCGAUGGGUUCAACAGUGGCAAUCUGCUUGGAUCUGCUUUUGCAACAUUCACUAUCGACCCGCGCAAUGCACAUCGCUCGAGUUCUGAGUCGAGUUUCCUUCAAGAGGGAUUGAGAAAGGGUGCAGGGCCUACUGUGUACAAGAACACCAUGGCUCAACGGAUCUUGAUUACCCAGAAUGACAAUCGGGCAACAGGCGUGCAGGUUUCAACCGCAGGAACGUUUGGUACUCCAUCGAUCAACUUCACGCUUCACGCUCGCAAAGAGGUCAUCCUGUCAGCUGGUGCUUUCCAGUCACCGCAGUUGUUGAUGGUAUCAGGAAUUGGACCGUGUGUUCAUCUGCGCAGCUUCGACAUUCCCUGUCUUCAAGACUUGCCGGGUGUAGGGCAGAACAUGCAGGACCACCCGAUAUUUGGAAUUGCACACCGCGUGAAGGUUCUCACAGCUUCCGCCAUGGCCAACAACGCAACCUUUGCAGCAGAAAAUGUUCAAGCAUUCCUUGAGCAUGCAACCGGUACCCUUUCCAUCUUUGGUCCAGGAUACUAUGGUUGGGAGAAGCUGCCCAACUCAUUGAGGUCGAAGCUUACUCGCGCGUCUCGCCUCGCUUUAUCAAGCUUUCCGCCCGACUGGCCUGAGUUGGAGUGGCUACCCACCGGUGGGUUUAGCGGAUAUAAUCUCAACAAAGUGACAGCCGAUCCGAAGGACGGACACCAAUAUGCAACGAUCAGCGGAGCCCUGAUUGCACCUUUGUCGCGUGGCACGGUCCGACUCGCUGGUCCAACAAUGAACACACCACCACUCAUCGAUCCACAGUGGCUUGUAGACCCGACUGACAUGGAUCUAGCUGUCCAGCUGUUCCAGAGACAGCGUCAAAUGUGGGCAGAGCUGGCGAACCUAGGCGUGGCCGAGCAAGAAGAAUACUUCCCAGGUAUUAACGUUUCCACAACCGCUCAAAUCCGGGAAUACAUCCGAAAAAGCAUGGCGACGGUUUACCAUGCGUCCGCAACAUGCAAAAUGGGUCGUUGGAAUGACACGAUGGCGGUCAUUGACAGCAGUGCGCGUGUCUAUGGGGUGCAAGGAUUGAGAGUUGUCGAUGCCAGCAGUUUCCCCUUUCUGCCACCAGGCCAUCCUCAAUCCACAGUCUACGCAUUAGCCGAGAAGAUCGCAGACGAGUUGUUGAACCAGCAAGAGGACCAGAGUGAAUAUGGCCAUGAUCUGAGUUCGCCGGAGGAUUGGGAAAUCCCCAUGCAUAGACGUCCUACGCAGUUUCAAUAUUAG